AUGACCUACUGCGAAUGCUGCGGUGAGCGCAUCCACUCUGGAUCGAACCGACGGGCGCACCGCGCCAACAUUCGACGUGACGCUGAGGACGACUAUGCGUACGUGCCAAGAAAGGACGAUUUGGUGUAUCAACCCACGCAGAACGAACGAACCUUGGAAAAUUUCAUUCGAAGCGCGCUCGAGGAUGAAGAUCACCCAGAGGGCGUCGCAAUGAAUCGUUCUCUCGUCACGGUGUUCGUCAUGAGGUUCACGCCGAAUCCGAUGAUGGAUUCAUUCAAGUUGGAUGUGCGGUUAGACGAAACCAAAGCCUGCGUGACGUAUCAGAACAUCAAGCGACGAAGGUUUCUUCGACGAGCGACGGACUGGGGACCACUCGCGUUCGGCCAAACGAGUAUUAUCGUUCGUAACUUUUACAACAAGGUUGAUGAGUUACCAUUCAAGCGCGUUCGCGGAUACGUGCUGUGGUCAAAGGGAAAGUGCGUUGGUUCGAGUAGCGGAGCCUUACAAGUCCCGCGAGCCGGGCUCGUGCUCUCGUACUCGAUGUCACCACCCUCGCCCGAAGAACGCGUCGAGUUUGUCGAUGACUACGACGAGGCCCAGUUGAGAAUCGCAUCCAUCGCGGCUUGA